AUGACAUCCACGCUCCCCAGUUUGCCCCUCUUCGAGGCCAUAUCGCGGCAUGAUCCCAACUCCAUUGCCGUCGUCCAUUGCUUGUCCGGCCGCACCUUUACGUAUGGCGAGCUUCUGCCAGACGUUGCCCGCACGCGCGAUCGAUUGCAUGAAGCCGCAGGCAAACCGGACAUCCGGGGCGAACGCAUAGCUUUCCUGGUCGAGAACAGCUACGACUAUGUCGUUACACUGCUAGCGAUCCUCGCUGCUCGCGCCAUUGCGCUGCCACUCUCACCACCCUUCCCUCCCGCCGAGCUGCAAUACAUCUUGUCUCACUCCGAGGCGCUCCUCCUCCUCCACUCGCCCAGAUAUGCCUCCAAAGCGAAAGAGGUCAUCGUGACGCCCAAUCCUCCCUCCAACCCCGAGCCGCACCCUCACCCCAAGGUUCUCGAGCUCCCCAAGCACCUUGGCGGGGAGGCAGGAUCCCCACGGGAAACCGUUACUCUCUCGGGGGAUACCGACUCCGAAGGUGCCGGUAUGAUGCUCUACACAUCGGGCACAACGAACCGACCAAAGGGAGUACUCCUCCCUGAAACUGCGCUGACGGCGCAAUGCCACUCGCUCAUUGAUGCUUGGAAAUAUACCCCCGAGGAUCGCCUGCUCCACGUCCUGCCGCUCCAUCAUAUUCACGGUACCGUCAAUGCAUUGCUCACGCCGCUCUUUGCUGGUAGCUCCAUCGAGUUCACCUUCCCUUUCAAUGCCGAUAGCUUGUGGUGGCGUUUUGCGACGCCUUUCCUUGCGAAACCUCUGAUGAAUGGCACAUUGAACCAUGUACCCAACGGCGAUCUCGAGCCAUCGAGCCCGAGAGCGGAAGAAAAGUACAAGCACAUGUCGACGGCGCCCAUCACAUUCUUCACCGUUGUACCGACCGUAUACACGCGCCUUCUUUUGACCCACCAAUCCCUUCCCGCCGAUCUGGCCAAGGCCUCACGCAUUGCUAUUUCCCCGAAACACAUGCGCGUCUCGAUUUCGGGCUCCGCGGCCCUUCCCACCCCUGUUAAACGGGCGUGGAAGGACCUCUCUCACGGCAAUGUGCUCCUAGAGCGCUACGGUAUGACCGAAGUCGGCAUGGCCUUGUCAUGCGGCCUGGAUUACACCGAUCGCGUUGAUGGAUCCGUCGGCUGGCCGCUACCAGGCGUCGAGGCUCGCCUCGUGGACCCAGAGACGAAUCAGAUCAUCGCCGAAGGACAAGAGACCGAUGAAAACGGACGCGAGAGGCAGGGCGAGAUCCAACUGCGCGGCAAAAAUGUAUUUCGGGAAUACUGGCGCAACCCCGAUGCGACGGCCAAGGAGUUUGUUUCUGACAACAAGACCGAAGGGAAGUGGUUCAAGACUGGCGACGUCGCCGUGCGACGCCCAGUCGAUAGCGCUGGUCACGGCGUAUCGGGUGAUUGGGCAAAGGGGCCUAUGUAUUUCAUCCUGGGCCGCCAAUCCGCGGAUAUCAUAAAAUCGGGUGGUGAAAAGGUGUCCGCGCUGGAAGUCGAGCGUGAAAUCCUCUCCUUGCCUCAAGUGGCGGAAGCAGCCGUGCUCGCAGUCCCGUCAGGGAAAUGGGGCCAAAAGGUCGGCGCCGUGAUCGUGCUGAGCGAGCUUUACAAGGACAACGGCUGGAAGCCCAUGGAGAUGCGCAGGGCGCUGCGGGACAAAUUGGCCAACUACAAGAUACCCCAGGUGUUACGGGUCGUCCAGAGCAUCCCACGGAAUGCCAUGGGCAAAGUCAACAAGAAGACGUUGGUUCAAGCGGUGUUCAAGGACGACUUCAGUGGAGACGAGAUGUAA